GAAGGAAAGGCAUAGAAGGUCUAAAGUCACCGAAAGUUUUGCUUGGACGAACGGUCUAAGUAAUUCAACAGGCAACGUCAACGCGUAUUUAAAUCAAAGGAAAAAUAUGCUGUACGUGCUGAUUCUAGCGUUUGUACUCACACGCGUCUCGUGUGGUGAGAGAAAUGCUUUGGGCUUGAGUGCCAGAACCAACGAGGACAGCAUACCAUUAGAGCCCUCUCGACGUGUUGUGGUUACUGUAUUAUUUGGUGUUAUAUCUACCGGCGCUAUCUCCGGCCUAAUGACAAUGCUCGGCAAAGAGGCGGGUUGGUGGAAAAGGAGAAGUACUGAUGAGGAGCCGGUGCGUUUCAAAGUGAAACUUUACGUGAAUCCGUGCACUUUCAUGAUCUACGAUGCAAACGAAGAUGACAUGAUAACAAGGGAUGAGCUCGAAGCGAUUUUUGGUGACGAAGAAACAACAGGAGAAUUGGCUAAGGCGCUUGACAAAAACGCUGACGGUCAGGUGGACGAGCAGGAAUUCACGGAGGCCAUGCAUAAAUUUGUUGAAGGGUGUUAAACUGGCGUGAAAUAAUGAGUCCAUAAUUGUGUGAAAAUUUCUUGUAUACGAUUAGCUCAUACAUAAUUUUGAAUUAUUUCCAAAUGUCUGCUUAUUUCGAAACUACAUGUAUACAAAGCCAAACUGCCAUGGUUACGUAGGAAAUGCACAUUGUUGACGUAUUUUAUAAUUUUUAUAUUUUAUGUAUUCUGAUGUCCAAGCUUUCAUAAUCAGUGUACACGUUUCUAUAUAUGUAAUCAAAUAAAUAAAUACAGUUAUACUGAUUUCAUGAGACAUUUUGACAGUAGUUGCUAGCAGUAGGCUAUGGUUCAAGCGUAUAUCCGUAAUUCUUUUCAAAUUAUACUUUGUACAAAAGCUUAAAUGCUUUUCAAAUGAAUGAUGUAUAGCCUCACAUUAGCCACUAACUAAUUUGUGAUGUUCAAAAGAUAAACACUCUCUCGAUAUUUACCAGAAAAAAAUUCUAACUUUAAUCGGUGUUUUGUAAUCGUAUAUACCAAUCUUCACUCACAUAAAUUAGUUUUAAGAUUUUCAUCCCGGGUUUGACAACAAAGCGGGUAAAUUGAUACUUUUUGAUGUUUUAUACCAUUUAACAAUUGAUGAUUGUCGAGACCAUAAGGCGUUAUUUAUACUGAUUAAUAAUUAUUUUAUACAUAAAUUUUUAUGUGUGCUACUUUGUAAUUAUAUCUUUACCUUGAUUGAAUAAAUAUUUAGCUUAACG